AUGGGGGGCCAUGGAGGGCUAAAUAUAUUACCUCAAAAAAAAUGGAAUAUCUACAGGAAUGAUGUACAAUAUAAAGUUAAUUAUGAUGAAAAUAAACUUAUAAAGGAAGAAGAAGAAAAAGAAAGGAAAAAAAAUGAAUAUUUAUUUCAAAACAAUAUAAAUGAGCUAAAAAAUAAUGUAAAUAAUAAUAAAGUUAAAAUUGAGUACAAUGGGCAUAUUAAUCUGUUUAUUGAAGAAGAAAAAGAAAUGAAUAGAAGAAAAAAAAUGCAUGAAGAAUAUUUAAUAAAAAAGGGCCAUUAUAUAUAUAACGAUAAUAAAUUUGAUGGAGUAAAUUGCAUAUAUGAUAAAAAAAAUAAUGCAAAAAUCAUAUCAGACUUUGACAAAAUAAAAAUUAGUCAAAAUGAAUGGUUUUUAAAUAGACAAAAAAAUAUCUUUUUAAAAAAUAAUAAAACAAACGAGUUAAAUAAUAGUGUAUUUAUUAACUGUUAUAAUGACGAAAAAGAAAAUUUCUUACAAACGAAAACCUUAUGUGAAAGUGACGUAGACAUAUUUAAGCAUGAACAUAAAAAAAGAAAGGAAAACAUGAAUAAAUAUGAACAUAUAAGAGAACUUAUAAAAUAUAAAAAAGAGAAAAAGAAAAAGAAAAAAAAAAAGAAAAAGGAAGAAAAAAGGAAAAAACGAAAAAUAGAAAAAAAGAAAAAUGAAAAUAAAAACAAAACUAUAAAACAUAAAUAA